CUCGGUAACUUCCAGGGAAAAAUGGUGCGCUGCAUGGUGUGCCCUUGCGCUCCAUGGUGAACUGUUUACUUCAGGCAGCUGCGAAGUUUACACGUUGGUUCUUUAUUCUAUGGUUUACAUGGCUCGUGUAGUCAGUGAUGUCGGCUGUCUUCAUAGCUUUCGGCUCCCCGUGCAGCGAUCGCGCCUGCACGCUAAGCAGCCUGCCUAAAGGCUGAAAGACUGGCAUAACAUCCGCGCGCAGCCGCGCUGUUGCCGCAGCGCCAUGGCGUUCAUGGGCAAAUUUUCCAAGUGCCCGCUGUGCCACAAGGAGUUCAGCACGUCGGGCAGCCUCUCCAAGCACAAGCGACGCGUGCACAAGGUGAUGCCCGAUCCGACAAGGGCCGCUCGCGCUGGCCGCGAAGUGAGGUGUGGCGAGCAAGACUGCACCUACGUUGCUACAAGACGCGACGACAUGCGUGACCACUUGGUAGUCGAACACGGCCUCUCGCUGGUUGAAGUGCAGGAGGAAUUCGAGUCGAUGAAGGACUUCCGCGAGUGGAUGGACCUCGUGUCGCGCGCCAAUCGAACGCAGUUCGCGGCGCGGGCUAGUGACACGCAGGCCCGGGCAACUGUCCAUCGCUACGUCUGUCACCGUUCCGGGCUGAGCAACCUCAAGACUACCGCGCGGCGGCGCCGGAUAAAGUCGCAGGGCUCAUGCAAAAUGGGCAGCUGGUGCACCGCGUACCUGAACGCCCGCGAGUGCCUGUUGACAGGUGCGGUGCGCGUCAACGGUUGUUUGACGCACUAUGGCCACGACAUGGACGUCGUACACCUUCGCAUCUCUGCGGCUGACCGGCGGGCCAUAUUGGCCGAGAUUCGUCGCGGUGUGCCCUUCGACCGUAUCCUCGAGAAUAUUCGCAGCGAUUUUCCGCAGGACGCACGGGAAAUAACGCGCAUGCACCUCAUCACCAUGGGCGAUAUCCGUAACAUCGCCGUCUCUGAAGGUCUGCUCUCGUGGAAGCUGGACGUGGACGACGACCGGAGCGUUCGCAAGCUUGCCGCCCGCUUCGCGGCCCAGUCUUAUAGCCCGAUCCUUCUCUACAAAUCCCGGGGCACCCCUGCAGACGCCCCCGCGGAAGCUGAUGCGACGGCUAUCGGCAGCUUUCGGGGUUUGGCCGAGGAUGACAUUGCACUUGUGAUUCAGACGCGCUACCAGCGGGAUCUGGUCAGCAGGGACCCCGCGCUCGUGUGUGUCGAACCGGUGACGGGUCAUAGCUCCGAGUACACGUUGCUGGCGCUUCUAGCCACAACAGACGCGGGCCUGGUGGUCCCUAUCGCCUGGUGCGUCUGCGGCGCCGCUAAUCCGGCUGUCGUGGCCGCUUUCUUCCAGGUCGUUCAUCAGAACAUGGGCGACUUCACGCCGCGAUUCUUCAUGUCUGAGGACACCGAAUUCUACUUCAACGCCUGGCUGGAAGCUUUCGGUGCCGAACCACGGCCGCACAAGGUUCUUUCGUCGUGGCAUUUACAGCGCGCAUGGACUGAAGCCGUCAACACGUGGGUUCGCGGCCGGGAGAAGCAGGCAGCUGUAAACAGGUCGCUAGAACUACUCGUGAACCAGGAGUCGGUCGAAUCUUUCCAGAAGAUGCUGCGCCGGGUCAUCAACAUGCUCAAGAUGGACAGUGACACUGCCAGUUUUGGUGACGUGUUUGAAUCCACUUAUGCUGGACGGCCUGAGCAGUGGGGAAGUUGCUUUUUCAGGGACCUUGAUAUCAACAUUGAAGAUUUCCACACAUUGUUCAGGCGCAUUGCAAGCCGCCUAAAAGUGAAGAGAUUGGACAAGAUAGCCCAUAAUCUGCUGCUUGCCUCUGAAUCAAAGCAGUAUGAGAACUACAUGAAAGUUGUCCGUCAAACACAGCCUGAUGCGGAAAGCUCAAAAAAGCAGAAGGCUGCACCUCUUUUAAAUGAACUAAUUCAUUCUGCUGAUGGAGUGCCAGUUGAGGUUGUGUCCAUUGAUACAAUGGACAUUGCUGAAACAGUGUCUAUUGACACAGUUACCUAUGAGGCAAUGACCACUGGUGGGAUGCCAGUUCAGGUAAUGCCUGUAGAAGAAGUGCAGGUGCAUGAGCUACAAUCUGAUGAUCCACAGAUUGAGACCAUAUGCAUCGAAGAGGUGCAGGUUGAAACUUUGCCCAAGCCGAAAGUACCUUUAGAUGCACCAAACUUAUCAGGACGUGAACAACCUCCUUUGAAGCCGAAACGUCCUGGUCGCAAGUCCACGCACCAGAUGGCACUGAAAAUCUUGGAAGCACAUCAAGAAGCACUGAACAUGUCUCCAGAACAUAUUGUUCACGUAACUGACAACCAAUGGAAAGUGAUUGAUGAAGGUGUCCCCUACGAUGUCAUUGAGGUGCUCGGUUGCUGUAAGGCCAAUUGUCAACCUCGCUGCAGUCAAUGCAGUGCUUGCUCGCACAGGUACAACUGCAGUUGUGGCUGCACGUACAUGUGUCGGCACAUCCAUGCAUGUCUCAUUCAUGCAAGUGAAGUCUUCACCGAGCCAGUGGGAAUGGCAGAGGAAGUGGUGAACACAAUGACACCUGAAGCAUUGGCUGAGAGCACAAGCUUUGCAUUUUCAAGUAUUGAGCCCACUGAAGAAGCAGCCAUGCAAGGAGAUAAGAAGAAGCUUGAAGUGCUUUGCGCCUUACAUAAGCUGAAUGAAACAUGUGUCCGUGCUGCGGAAAUACUGGCAACAAGAGAAGACUUACCAGUAACACACCAAGCAGACUACAUUUUAUCAACGCUGAAGGCAACGAGCACUGUGUUGGACACUUUCUGUCGCAGAGGCAUGACCCAGACUCCAAGAAAGCUGGCUGAUCACGACUAUGAAAGCACAAAUUAGUGUGGAGUUUGGAUUGCACACAUUAGUUUGAUUGUCCGUCUAUUUCAGGGGUCACUGCCAAGUUUAGAUGGAAAGAGAGGGUGUUGAGAGAUGUUUAGGCAACUUGUAAAUGAAGGACUCUGACACAAGAACUUGAGGACCAUGAUGCAGCCACGUGUUUGAGACCCCUGAUCUAGUUCCCAUGCACAUUCAGGUGUUGUUACACAAACUGUUGUCUUCCACUGAGUCACAACUUCGUCAAGACAACAGAGAACGUGGAUUGUGCUCACAUGCAGAAAGAGAAAGAACUCUGUGUAUGGCCUUGCAUAAUGUGUUGUGCACAUUGUUAGGUAGCUAGCAGCGACAUAUCUUGAUUGGUACUGUUCAGCUAGGCUUAAGGGCAACAGAGGUAGUUGUGUGGGCAACAGAGGUAGGUAGUGAAGCAGUAAAUAGGCCCAUGCCUAUUAAUGACCUUUAUUGAAAAAGCAAAGCAUGAGCUUAAAGUGUGCAUAACAAUCUCCACGUCAUGCGAGUGUUUAAUAGCCAAUUGGUCGGUUAGCCCCAGAGAAGGGCAUUGGAAAUUAGACCAUGUGCAUAAAGCAAACAGCAGUGCUAUCAUUGUUCACUUGGACGCUUUCCUGAUCAUGCUGCGAUCUUAGCUGCUACUUGGUGGGCCUGCAGUGCUGUCUACUAUGUCUGUCACCAGUGUGCAUGACUGCUAGAACUGGCCUUAAACUUGUCGCUUUGCAAUCAGCAGAGUCAUGUUUACUAGAAUUUUGUUUGCAAUGACUGUUGCCUGUAGUGCUUCAAGCCACUAAAUGCAAGUUUCCUGCCGCGAGUUACAGGUCACAUUGCCAGACAACGAUCAGCACACAUUGACUCGCUUAGUGCACACGUGUGCCCAUUUUGUGUAUGUCACCCAUUUUGCUGCGACUGCAGCAUUGUACGACAGCAUUGUAGCAUAGUGGGCGCGAGCAGGUGGCAAUUUAUAUCUAGUAAUGCCUGCAACUACCGAUUCGUAAAUAGUAUUAAACAAGUGUGACUGACUCAGU